AUUCAACCUAUUUUACAGUCUAUGGAUUCAACUAGAGAAAGAAUAAAGUGUCAAAACACAGAGAAAAUCUUCUGCUGAAGGGACUGAUCUCCACACUGUUAUAAAGAUGGCGUUUAUUAAAGAGGAGAGUGAAGAUGUGAAGAUUGAAGAAACAUUCACAGUCAAAGAGGAAGAUCUGCAGGAACAAACAGACCCGAUGGUGCUGAAAGAAGAGACUCAUCAAUGGAAUGAAAUGGAAGAGAAACACCAAGACUUGAUGACUGAUGAAAAACCUACACUAACUAAAAAGACUUCAUCACAAGGAAGACCUCGGAAAUCCAAAUCUAGGUGUAAUGUCAGCUGUAAACAGAGUAGAAACAGUUUCAGUCAAAAGCCAAACCUUGAUGUUCACAUGAGAGUUCACACUAGGGAGAAACCUUACAACUGUGAACAGUGUGGAAAGAGUUUUGGUCAAAAACAGAGCUUUAAAAUUCACAUGAGAAUUCACACUGGAGAGAGGCCCUACACAUGCCAACAGUGUGGACAAAGCUUCUAUCAUGCUGGAAACUUUGCAGUGCACAGGAGAAUUCACACUGGAGAGAGGCCGUACACAUGCCAACAGUGUGGACAAAGCUUCUAUACUGGUGGAAACUUGGCAGUGCACAUGAGAAUUCACACUGGGGAGAAGCCUUACUCUUGCAUUCAGUGUGGGAAGAGUUUUAAGCAAAAUGGCACCCUUAAAGUCCACAUGAGAAGUCACACUGGAGAGAGGCCGUACACAUGCCAACUGUGUGGAAAAAGCUUCUAUACUACAGGAAACUUUGCACAGCACAUGAGAAUUCACACUGGAGAGAGGCCGUACACAUGCCAACAGUGUGGAAAAAGCUUCUAUCAAUCAGCAAACUUGGCAGCCCACAUGAGAAUUCAUACAGGGGAGAAGCCUUACUCUUGCCCUCAGUGUGGAAAGACUUUUAAGCAAAAUAGCAACCUUGAAGCCCACAUAAAAACUCACAAUAGAGAGAAAAGAAUUACUUGCACACAGUGUAAGAAAAGUUUUGCUCAGAAACAAGACCUUGAGAUCCACAUGAGGAUUCACACUGGAGAGAAACCUUACACAUGCACAGAGUGUGGUAAAGGUUUCACAUGUAAAGGCACACUCAAACACCACAUGAUAAGUCACACUGGAGAGAAGCCCUUUGCAUGUGCUCAGUGUGGAAAGAGCUUCACAACCAAAGCUAGCCUCACAAUCCACAUGAAUGGUCACACUGGAACCAUAGUGUUCACAUGUGAUCUGUGUGGAAAGGGUCUCACGCGCAAAGACUCCAUUAAGCGACACAUGAAGACUCACUCAGGAGAGGAUCCUUUUAGGUGCAGUGAGUGUGGAAAGAGCUUUAAACAUAAAAGAAGCCUCAACACUCACAUGAAGCUUCACAAUGGAGAGCAGAGUCCUCAAAAAUGAAGCCUUGUCCAGCAGAGCUUAGGGCUCUCUCCCAGGACGGCAUGCUAAACAAGUGUUAUCUCUUGAAUGCAUAUCAAGUUGAUGAAAAGGAAACCCUUUGAACAGCUGAAGAUUUAAACUCAAUAACUGAAAAAAGUGAAUUAUUUUUUUGUAGUGUAGAUCAGGGGUCACAGCCCAGUACCAGGUUGUAAGAUUUGCUGCCGGGCGGCAAAAACCCAAAAUAACUCUAUAUGUUUCAACUUAAUAUGAACCAAUAACCAUAUCUGUGCACAUUGUACACUUCAGUCAAAUGGUCGGCACUGAAAAGAGAAUAAUAAGAUUAAGGAGGAGAAAAUGUUUGGGGAGAUGCAGCAAACACUGUCCUACACCCUUAGAUUGGGUUUUUAAUCAUUCACAUUGUUUGAUUGACUCUUGCGUGAACAAACACCUAUUUGCCUCCAGCUUGGGGCUUUUUUCUGCAAUUUCACAACACUUGUUGGUGAAUGAACGUCCGGCUAAACUCGUGCGGUGUGAACUUGCCAUAAAACAAUGACAGUGACAGACUGAUGCAAACUCCCUCAAGCCCUGUUCAGACUAUACAAUGCCAUUUGCCAGUUACGACAGAUGAGAUUUGUAGAUUUGUGUCAGAUUAUGCGAUUUUAACUUGAACAAAUCUUGAUGUGUUGUGGGUAACAAAUGAGGACUGGUUUCAAAACACUACACGUUUAUUUUGAUAGACUAAUUUGAGAAAAGAAACACAUUUUCUUUAUGAAGACAAUUAAACUUUCUGUAGACAACUGGCUGCCUUUAAAUAUAUGUUCAUGUGGAAAACUCCAACAUAACUACAAAUAAAUAUAUGUAUGGGAAA